GCUGCAGCAAAUACAGAGAAAAACAAAUAAGGUGAACAAACACGUGAACAAAGACUUUCCAGGAGGGUGCUGAGCAGGAAGCCCACUUUCUGCUGAGAUGAACUGACCUGUUGACGCACUCCACUGAGAACUCCAGGAUGAGGAAGGACAGACGGACCCAUAUGAUGUGGUUACUUUUACUUUGCAUAUUGCUCCUAGACUCAUGUACAGCCACUGACUCCUGCACAGCUGCGUCUGAUUGGUCUGACUGUUUCAUUGUUGGCUUGAUUGGUGGCUUAGCUUGUGGCCUGCCAUUGAUUAUAAGUGUCCUUAUUGUCUUGAGAUGCAAAAAUUCAACAAUCAGGUCGUAUAUUUUCUCUGCAAAAAGGGAUGAUCUGAGUGAAAAAAAGGCUCAGCUGCAGAAACAAUCCCAGAAGACACAAGAAGAACUGGCUGCAUGGGCGGUGGUAUUAACUCCACUGAUGGAUCUGAAGAGGGGACUGUUGAGUCAAAGGGAAGAAUUCAGACUGCAGCUAGAAGAGACAGACAGAGAGAGGGAGGAGAGCAAGGAAAAGCUUCAGUUAGUGGAGGAGGCAAUAGCAGAGAGUGAGAAAGAAAAUGCAACUGACAAAACAGAAGGGUACUUGAGAGAAAAACAAAGCCUGUUAAAGGCUCAGUGGAAACUGGAGAAGAGAAAGGAAGAACUGGAGAACCAGCAACUGAACAUGGAGAAACUGCUGCAGAAAACAGAGGGUUUAAUAGCAACAAUAACAGAGAGACAGAGGAAAGUGGAGAACCACAUGGAGCUGAUUAACUUGCACCUGGAAGAGGUAGAAAGUCAGGAUGAUAAAGUUCAUCAAAACAGAGAGUAGUCAGAAAUAGUAUCAUGUAUACCUGUACAGUCAAUACUGUUUCCUUUCUGCUGGGUCAUUAUUAACACUUUUAAUACUAAGUGACCCUCACAGACAUUUUUGUUUAUACAAAAAAAAAAAAAAUUGUAGUAGUUGUAAGUAAAAAUGGUCCCACUUUAAAGAUGUACGUACAUUUUGACUCAAUCCUAAAACAAAUACCAAUAAGAUUAAAUACGCCUGUAUCAUAAUUUUGAUAUGGGUCAUGUAAACCGCAUAUUGCUUUUGGGCCUUAGUCUGAAUUUAACAUUUCUGUUCUGUGGACUUGUCUCCAGCUAGUUUGAAGUUUGCAAUACAUGGCCUCUUGACUGUUUGUAGUCAGCUCUGUGCAUCGCAUACAAACCAGCUAGCUAGCAAGGUUGAGGUAAUGACACAUGACUAAAAGAAGCACUCACGUAUCUGGUUGGUUGAAGGACUGAAAGAAAUAGGCUAUGUUCCCAUGGUCAAACAAGGCCACCAUCAGUGGAAAACCUUUUAAAAUCCUGAGGCAAAGAAGCAAAAUUGCACAAGCAGCUCCAGACAUUUUACCCAUUUAUAUUUUGACAUGAUAAACAAUGUUAGGUCAUGUUAAUCGGAUUAUGUAUGGCUGCAUGUAAAUGAGAAUAUUAGUUAUUACUAAAGUCAUGCAAAUGACUUACUAAUAACAUAGUCUUUUUUCGGAUUAAGGGCAAAACUAAGUGCAUAUAAUAUUUGAUAAUAUUUUUAUUCAGUGCCACCUAACCACCCUGAAGUGAUAAUACACAUUUUCAGGGUUUUCCUGCUACAACGGACAUCCUCCAUUCCAUUCAAUUAUCUGUAGGUGUGAAUGUGGGUGUGAAUGGUUGUCUGUCUCUAUGUGUCAGCCCUGUGAUAGUCUGGUGACCUGUCCAGGGUGAACCCUGCCUCUUGCCCAGUGUCAGCUGGGAUAGGCUCCAGCCUCCCUGCGACCCUCAAGAGGAUAAGCAGUUACGGAAAAUGAAUUAAUGUAAUACUAUGGUGAUUUGCUUUAUUCCUCUGUAAAAAAAAAAAAAAAAAAUCACAUAUGACUGUGUGUGUGAGAGAUUAAUGUGAUCUCAAUCCUUGAUUGUAUCUGUCCGAAAUUAUUUUUUCCAUCAGAAUUAAAGCAGUAAAUCCAAUUAAGGCUUUUACUUUUGUAUUUUAUGAAAACAGUAAAAGGAAAAAUGACAGUCGAUGUAAAAUUAUAGACUCUAUUAACAACUAUGGAAAGUAAAUCAAAGAAGCCUAACUGUCUGUCCUCUUUAUUAAACUUCCAAUAAAGUGAUUACAAAUCAUGU